UCAGGACUUGGCAUAAAUAUUACAAAAUAGAAAGAAAUGGGAAGAAGUAAACUCAUGGACUGGCCACAAUUGCUCUUCGUGGGCUUCUUCAUCGGCGCCACGGGGGCCUCUGUGCGCCCUCCGCCCAAUCACGUAGCCUCCAUCAGCGCCAACUGCACCAGGGAGUUCAUGAGUCUGCGGCUGGACCUCGAUCGGCCCUUUAAGGGCGUCGUGUUCGCCAAGGAGUUCGCCGAGGAGUGCCAUUCCCGCGGGAAUCUCACGUCCGCCAUCAACCUUCGUUUGCCCACGUCGGGCUGCGGCGUGCGAUCGGAGCCCCAGGAGGACGGCUCCAUGGAGCUCUCCGUCCGCAUCGUGGUGCAGAUGGACGGGAAGUUGCGCCAGAGCGCCGACGUCGUCAAGAUCGCCAAAUGCUCGCUUCCCACUGACAUGAUGAACAUGAAUGUCAUUGGCACACACGAAAAGCCCGUGAGGUAAGACCAGGGAACAUUUGCAGAGGAUUCUCAGCAUUUAGCAGGGAAACAAGCUCGAGAGAUUGUUCAGUCAAAUGAGGAGUCAUCAAUGAAGACAGACGUGACGGGCUCGUCAAGAGUGCGAGUGUGGCUGGAAUUGGGCGGAAGUGGCGGCACGGGAUCGGUGGAAGUGGGCCAGGCUACCACUCUGGGCGUCCGGGCAAUCCUGCCAGGAAGCGUGGGAGUGCGCGUGGUGGACUGCAUAGCGCUGGAUGGUCUCGGAGAAGCGUCCCAGAAGCUCCUCGACGACAGAGGCUGCCCCAUCGACGAACAGGUGAUGCCGGCGCUUCUGGUGCGAUUCCGACCCAUCGAGGAGGGCUGGUCGAAGCCGCACAAGGACGAUUUGGUGGAGAAGCUCUUCCAGACCACAUUUCCCGCCUUCAAGUUUCCGGACAGGGAACACUUGCACGUGUCCUGCGGCGUUCAGCUGUGUCGCGGCAGAUGUCCAAAAGUCGACUGCCGGCGUCCAGACGAGCGCUUCGUGCUGCCCGCCGACAGGCACCUGGCCAGAAUCGAGGUGUACAACUCCCUGGCCGUGUCGGCGCCUCAAAUUGAGCUGGACUCGAGAGCAAGGGGCGAGCGCAGAGGUAAUAUGACUCUGGAGCAGUACCAGAGGCUGAAGAAGAUGCGCUCCGACGGCACCCUCUGCCUCUCGCAGUCCUUCCUCGCGCUGUCCUUCUGCAUCUUGGGUGUGAUCUUCCUGGUCGCCAUCAUCGUGGCACUCUGCUGUCUGCUCAGAUCACGAAUGCGCACCAAUCACGGCAGUUCCUAUCGCAACUCAGGAGCCAGCAUCUUCUCUUCGAGCUCUGGCUCCCAGUCACGCUUCGGCAGCAAACUCCUCAUCCCAUACACGGGCUCUCUCCCAUACGGAAGAGUCUACUGAUCGCCUUUCUUUCGCUCUGGACAGCAUUCCCUCCACAAAGACUGAUCUCUCUAGUGUGUAAAGUGCAUGCAUGUCAAUUUUCAUGCAUAUCAUUAGAAUUGUUUAUCUUCUCUCCUGUGAAUUUAUCUCUUCUACCGGUGUUGGCGGGAAAUCAAGCUAUGGGUGAGAGGUGGAAAGUGUGCCCAACGGCACCUUCCUAACUGGGGUCUAUUUUAAAGUACACAAUAUGUAAGAUUGAUGUAAUUAGUUGAAAUGUUGUGAUAAGAAUAAACAAAUUUUCCGAGAA